AUGACUCCAGACAAGGAACAAAAAAUGAAUAAUCUCACAAAUUUUUCGGAAAUCAAUGAAGAAGACAUUCAAAUGAAUAAAACGAGACUUUUAAAGCAACGAGAGACGGUCAGGAAGCAAAAGAGACUACAAAAGAAACCUUCUCAGCCCACUGAAACUCCUGCUUUCGAUGCAAAAUUCUACGAAGAUCUUCUCAAAGAACACGAUGAGUACGAGGAAGGUCUUCAGAAGAUGUUCCGUUCCAAAAUUCAUUCUUUGGAAACUCAAUUAAAAAUAUCUCGAGACGCUGCCAAAAAGACUCGAAUCCAAAAUCGAAAACUUCAGAAAUUGAACGAUGAGCUUCAGAAGCAACACGUGGAAGAUAUUCAAGAAAUUAUGAAAUUGAAAGAUUCACAGGAAUCGAUUCUGGAGACGUUGGACAUUGCUCAUGACCAAUUGAUAUUCACAGAAAAGGAAAUGGAGGACGUGAUUGAAGAGAAUGAGAAGGAAAUUUCAGAAUUGGAAUAUCGAAUUUAUAAGUGGAGAUCUUCGAAAUCGUCGGAUUCGAAAAUGUUGAAAAAGUUGAGAAAUGAGAAUAAGAGAUUGGAAAUUGAGUUGGAGGAAUCAAUGGAUGAGAAUCAGAAAUUGAUUGAAAUGAUUAUGAAUGGAAAGUCUGGAAUUGAAGAUAUCAAAGAUCAAAGAAUCAAAAGUCUCGAGGAAUCUGAAAAUCGGAAUAUCGCGGCAAUUCGAAACCUUUUUGAGCAGCUGGAAACCACGGAAAGAUCAAAAGUGAUGACACAAUGGGAAGUGUAUGAAUUGAGGAAUUUGGUGAUUCCAGAAUUGAAACGAAGAAUUAAGAAUAUCGAAUCAGUGAUUGUACAGUACACUCCACAAAAAUUGGGAUUCAAAGUGUCACAAGAGACGCAGACAACAGAAGACGUCGUUCAGAUUUCAAUUGAAUCUGAAUUGGAAACCGAUUUGGAGACUGAAGAGUGGUUGCAGAAAACUGUGAAAUUUGAGAUGAAUUAG